UCCGCAGGAUUAUUAAAUUUGGAUUUAUGAUUUAUAUGGCUCCCUUUUCAGGGAAAACUAGAAGCAACACAAGUUCUUUAUGUGUAAUUCUUCGUCCUGAAGAUUUUCCUAUGCCUUGUGAAUCAUCACAAACUCCAAAAGCCCAUGAUCUGGCAGCAUGUUUUCCUUCUGGUCAGAGUAAGAUAGAGAAACAUAGAAAGAUGACAAUUUUUGGUGUGGAAAUCUCUGACAUAAAUAGAGAUUCCUCCUUUGUGGCCUCCCAUGCACUUGGUCUGCAGAACCCUCUAGUUCCUAAAUCUGAUGUGGCCAAUUCUGAGUCAUUUACCAUUUCACCUGGGACAAAGCCUUCAGGUAGCUUGAGGCAGCACUUAAUCAACCGAAGGAAACCUUUGCAUUAAUACCUGUCCUCAAUCAAAUAAGAGUUCAAUAACGUUGAUGCAAAGCUCUGAGAUGAUUGGGGAGUUGCUUAAAGAUAGUUCUUCAAGAUCUCUUCCAGAUGCAAGGGCUGAAGUAUCCUACCAAAAUGAUGUGUGUCUUGGUUCACAGUCAGAGUCCAAGGAAUUAAAGGGUUGCCACCCAUCUGUUUGGCUUGGGUUCCCUAAUGAUAUCCAUGAUUGUCAUUUUACUUUUAGAAAAGUUCAGCAACACAAUCCUCAAAACUACCUUGGGGUUUCAGGCUCUAUCACGGAUGUGAGCUCUCCGAAAGAGUUGAUAUGGAUGCAGUAUCUCUAAAUAAUCCAUUUAAAGUGAUUUGUCAACAAAAUCUCGUUUCAGUUGACUGGUCAAGGACGAAUUCACAGGGAGCAUGUUCUUGGCUAAGACCAAUGCCAAAUUGUAAUGGAAAAUAUUCGAGAGAAAGGGAAGGAUUGAGUUUCUGGCAAAACCAUUCUCUGCAGAUUGUCCACAGACAAGAAAUGAGAAAGGGUCCGCCUCGGAGUUUUGGUCAGGACUCCUCAUCAGCAACACAUGCUGAUGAUAGUGAGCAUGGGAAAACUGAAAUAGGUGACUGCUCAAGCGAUCGGAAGAUUCUUGGGUUUCCCAUUAUGGACAAGCCUCAUGUAUUGAAUGAUCUUCCUUCUCAUAGCUCCCCCUCAAAACCUAGUUGUCUUGCUUCUGCCAUUGAUAAUGGCAACCCUGUAAAAUUUGGGUUAUCUAUAAAUGAUUUGGCUGGUGAUCCUUUGUUACCUAGAUCUGGAGUGCUACAAAAAUUUGAGGAUUGUGUUGUAGCAAUGAGAUGGGUUAAUGACAGCGCUGCUUCAAGACAUCAGAUUGAUUUGAAUAUUUGUGUAACUGAAGAAGAGGUUCUAUUUACACCCUCUUCUCCAAUUGCAACUAAGAUAGAGUUGGAGGUACCAGUAGUCAACGAGACAGAAAUUAUUAUUACUCAUGUGGAAGGAUCCCCAGAAAGCAAACGUAGAGAACCUUUUGAUGUGUUACAAGAUGAAUCCAGGGUGUCUCAUGAGGGACCUAUCAGGGUGGCAGCAGAUGCUUUAGUUUCCAUCUCAUCAUCUCAUAUGCAUAAUCUUCCCAGCAAUGCUGCUGAUAAUCUUCAAGAACAUGCCACUUGUCGCCAGUCAGAAGCUUCACUCACUGAUUCCCUUCACUGGCUUGCAGAUAUAAUUUCUUCACAUAAGGGUGAUAAUGAGAAAGAGGUCGUAGAAGUUUCAAUGGGUAAGGGCAAUUCCAUUCAAGAAGAGCUUAUUCCUGAUGGGAUUGAUUACUUUGAGUUCAUGACGUUAAAUUUGGUUGAAAGCAAGGUAGAGGACUAUUGUUAUAAACCUCAGACUUUGGAAAACCCAAAAGAUGAAAACACGUUGCCAAGAAAGCCUAGGAGAGGUCAAACAAGGAGAGGGAGGCAACGCAAAGACUUCCAAAGAGAGAUACUUCCUAGUCUUACAUCUCUUUCGAGGAAUGAGGUGACUGAGGAUCUUCAAACAAUCGAAGGGCUGAUUAAGGCAACUGGCGGCACUUGGCAGUCACGUUUGGCCCACAGAAACUCCGGUAUGAGUUGUAGUGGAAGGGGAAGGACGAAGGACGAAGGAGGCGUUUAGGGGUUUCUCAUCCCUCUUCUAUUGAAACUCCAAUUUGCCUGUGCCAGGCUCAGCAACUUAAAUGUAUAGA